AUGUCCCAGAUGCCAGGUUUGCCAGCGAUCGUGUUUCAACUGCUCGUACUAAUAAUAGCACAAUCGCGAGCUAAUCACAACCGGUGGUGGUCGUGUGGCAGCGAAUGCUCACGCUGCGUUCGCAUGGUCACCUCCAUGGAAGAUCUCAUCGUGCAGUUUUAUCCAGGUCUCUUCAGCCAGGCACCCCCGGGAAACAUUGUCCUGUCACAAGAAACAUCAAAUAACAACAGCUCGACUGUCAACAGCGGCACGGCCAUGAUUCCUGAAACUGGUCGCCCAGCGACGGCCAACAACUUCAGCAGUAACGUCUUCAACCCGACAGUGUGGGACUUUAGUACCAACGCCAGCAGGAGACACCACCAGCAGUCUGUGUCACCUGGUUGCUGUGAGACAGAAAUCGAGUAUGCCACACCAGUCAAUUUCACAGUACGUGGACAAGUAUACCAGGUUGUUCAUCUUAAAAAUGCAUUCCAGUUCAUCCCUGUUGGCAGAUGCAAGGAAGGCAGCACAUGCAAUUACGGAGAAUGCAAGGAGCAAUACCGUGCACACUGGGUGCUUAUCUACAACGCCACAGAAUCCAGCAUGGGCCCUCCUGUCAGCUUCAGUGCCAUUGAGGUGCCUUCGCAUUGCGAGUGCAUCAACCUGAGCCGGUCUGCAAAAUAA